GCAACCUAAAACCCGUUUGAGAAACCAGAAAUCUAUAAUCGAAAGAGAAAUAUGUCUUCUAAACUGAAGAAGAAUUUCCGUAAGCGAACCUUCGAGGAUGAAGGCGAUAAUGAAUCUGAGCUAGCUAGAAGAAACUCCAACGACGAAGAAGAAGAAGAAGAGAGGAGAUUGGCUUUAGAAGAGGUGAAGUUCCUUCAGAAACAAAGAUGCAAGAAAUCUGGAAUGCCUGCCCUACCUGCACCUCAAACCGGAGCUACGGCCGGUGGAGGUGUCGGUGGUGUCGGCAACGGAAGCGAAGGUGGAUUGGUUCAAAAGAGAGUCAAGGAUAAAAACGAAGGAGAAGGAGAGAAAGAAGAGCUUGUCUUGCAAGAUACCUUCGCUCAAGAAACUGCUGUUCUUGAGGAAGAUCCCAAUAUGUUGAGAUAUGUUGAACAAGAACUGGCAAAGAAGAGAGGAAAGAACAUUGAUGAUGAAAAUAAGACUGAGAAUGAUAUCAAGCAUGCUGAAGAUGAAUUGUACAAAAUUCCUGACCAUCUUAAAGUUAAGAAGAGAAACUCAGAGGAAAGUUCAACUCAAUGGACAACUGGAAUUGCUGAGAUUCAGCUCCCCAUUGAAUUCAAACUUAGAAACAUCGAGGAAACCGAGGCUGCAAAGAAGCUUCUACAAGAGAAGAGGCUUGUGGGUAGACCCAAAUCAGAAUCAAACAUGCCAUCUAGUUACAGUGCUGAUUAUUUUCAACGAGGAAGAGAUUAUGCUGAAAAGCUAAGAAGAGAACACCCGGAGCUUUACAAGGACAGAAGCACCUCCACCACCACGACUACAGAUGACAACAAAACUACAGAAUCUGAUGCCCCCGCCAAAGAUGGAGGAGUACAAAGGCGAGCUGCCGCAACAGAUGAGUUCAUGCUUGACAAAUUCCGCAAAAGAGAACGCCAUCGUAUGCGCAGAUGAAAUCAUUACUUCAAUUAUUUGUCACAUUUAAAAACAUGAUGUAUCUCAACCUAGUUGUUCUUAUUGACAAUCGAUUCUAUUCAGCCUCUUCAAAGAACAAAACCAAGCAGUUUUAUCAACAUAUAUGAUACAACUCUACAUUUGCAUCUAUCUAUUACUACUACUUUUAUAUCCAUGGCAGCUUCUAACUUUUAGUUAUCAACUGUCCUGCAUUAUUAUUUAUUUACAUACCAUCA